AGGCGGUGCUGGUCAGGUGCAGUGCUGGUCAGGUGCUCUGCGUUGAGUUGGCGAGCAGGUGAGCGGCUGUGGGUUCGGGGGGCACCCCUUGCUCCCGCCGCCUCCUGGCUGUUACCCCGGGUCUGCGGGAGGGAUCCCUUUCCAGGCCUUCCCUCCCACUGAUGCGGACUGAGCGGAUCGCCGCGAGGACUAUCUUACACUGAAGCAAUCAAGUAGUUUGAAAAUGACUUCAAAACUUCUCUGGGUGUCCUUCAUGCUUGCUGCAUUAAUACUUUCCGUUACAUUUUCUCUCCAGUCAGACCAGCCAAAGGUUCUGCUAGUUUCAUUUGACGGAUUCCGUUGGGAUUAUUUAUAUAGAGUUCCAACACCCCAUUUUCAUUAUAUUAUGAAAUACGGUGUCCAGGUGCAGCAAGUUACUAAUAUUUUUAUUACAAAGACCUACCCUAACCAUUAUACUUUGGUCACUGGCCUCUUUGCCGAGAAUCAUGGUAUUGUGGCAAAUGACAUGUAUGACCCUAUUCUGAACAAAUCUUUCUCCUUGGAUGACAUGGAUAUUUAUGAUUCUGAGUUUUGGGAAGAAGCGACACCGAUAUGGAUCACAAAUCAGAGGGCAGGACACAUGAGUGGUGCGGCCAUGUGGCCCGGAACAGAUGUCAAAAUACAUGGAAGCUUUCCCACUCACUAUAUGCCUUACAAUGACUCCAUUUCAUUUGAAGAGAGAGUUGCCAAAAUUAUUGAAUGGUUUACGUCAAAAGAGCCCAUCAAUCUUGGUCUUCUUUAUUGGGAGGAACCUGAUGAUAUGGGCCACCAGUUGGGACCAGACAGUCCGCUCAUGGGGACUGUUAUUUCAGAUAUUGACCACAAGUUAGGAUAUCUCAUACAAAUGCUGAAAAAGGCAAAAUUGUGGAAUGUUCUGAACCUGAUCAUCACAAGUGACCAUGGAAUGACGCAGUGUUCCCAGGAGAGGAUCAUAGAGCUUGACCGAUAUCUGGAUAGAGAGCACUACACCCUGAUUGACCAAUCGCCAGUGGCCGCCAUCUUGCCCAGGGAAGGCAAAUUUGAUGAAGUCUAUGAAGCAUUAGCUCAAGCUCAUCCUAAUCUGACUGUUUACAAAAAGGAAGAGGUUCCAGAAAGAUGGCAUUACAAACACAACAGUCGAAUUCAGCCCAUUCUUGCAGUGGCUGACGACGGCUGGCAUAUUUUACGGAAUAAGUCAGAUGACUUUCUGUUAGGCAACCACGGGUAUGACAAUGCAUUAGCAGAAAUGCAUCCCAUUUUCUUAGCCCAUGGCCCUGCCUUCCGAAAGAAUUUCACAAAAGCAGCCAUGAACUCUACAGAUCUGUACCCCCUGCUCUGCCACCUGCUCAGCAUCACUGCCCUGCCUCACAACGGAUCACUCAGCAACGUUCAGGAUCUGCUCAGUUCACCAACUCCAAGAGCAAGUCCUAAUACCCAGACCCCUCCUCUCCUCCAUGGUAGUGUGAAACCAAGAGAAAAUGAACAAGAUGAGCCAUAUGCUUAUUUCAUUGGGGUCUCUCUUGGUAGCGUUAUAGUUAUUGUGUUUUUAAUAGUUCUCAUUAAACAUUUAAUUCGAAGUCAAAUACCUGCCUUACCAGAUUUUCAGGCUGAAAUAUCUCAACCAUUAUUACAAGCCUAAUGCUUCUGUGAUGUGAAGAUGGCAUAGUUAUGUCAGUGUUUAAAGGUUUCAAAUUCUAGGGAACUAGCUUCAGACAUUUGCACAGACCAUUAAGCAGUUAUGUAUAUAUACAGGGGCAGUCACACACACACACACACACACACACACACACACACACACACCUUCAGACAUUUGCACAGACCAUUAAGCAGUUAUGUAUAUAUACAGGGGCAGUCACACACACACACACACACACACACAGACCAAAAUACACUGACCUGCAAAGGAUGAAAGAUGGGAAAGUAUAUUUCCUUUGUUCUCUCUGGCUUCUGGUAGAUAAGAUCCUGCUUUAUUUGGACUUGGCACAUGCAAUGUAUAUAUUUAGCAACUUUGCACUAUUUGAAGUACCUUACAUAUUGCACUUUACUCUCCUAAUGGUACUUUUAUGUGACAUGCACUUUGUUGACAAUUAUGUCUUAUAAUUCAGUAGAAAAAGACAAAUUUUAUACCUAUGUCCCAGAAUGAAAUGAAAUUUCUAAUAAUUCCUGAAUAAUGUAGAAAUAUAUCUCCUUACAUUGGGAGAACGGGAAGAAAGUGAAAACUGUUGAAAAUGAAAUGUGAUGACCUUUGAAUGUUGGAUUUCAGAGAGAUGGGUUCCCAAAGCAGGGUGCAUCUGUGAGCACUCCUUGUCGUAUUUCUUUCCAUACGACAUAGGUUUUCAUCUUAUUUCCGCCCCCACAACAGAGAUCCAGAUGCUGCUGGAUUCAAUCUAGGCAUAUCAUUUCCAUCGUGACAUUCAUUAUUGCUAUUUCCUGAUGUAGUCAUUUUACUCUGAUUUUGAUAAUAAAGACACCAUGAAUAUACAUUUGCUUCCUCUCAAGUCUAGCACUGCCCUAGAAGGGCAGAAGGGAUCAGGCAUCAUCUCAGCAAUGUUUUCUCUUGCUCUGUAAUUAUUUGCUUCCUUGAAAAAUAAAUCACUAUUAAUUGUGUUAAAAAUCAGAUUAGUUCAAAGAGUGUUUUGUUUCUGGUAACCUGUAGUGACAGAGCCUUUAGAUUUGAGCAUUUGAAGGUCUAGGAUUGCAAGAAAGCACAAAAUAUAUUGGGAAAAAUGUCAGCCACACAAUCCUUGAAAAGAGCUGUGUGGAGCUUGGGGGAAAUAAUUAGGAGUUUAGGGGAAAAAAAAAUCAGGCAGGACCAGUGUUUGUAAUGUACCCAGGACAACGCUAAAGGGUGCCUGGUGGCAAAAUUUAGUGAGACAAUACCUAGAGGUAACAGGUAUUGGAAUAAAAGAAGUUGAGAUUAUAGCCUUGUUUCCUUGAAAUCUGUGAAUAUCUACUCACAGAUGCUCAGUGGAAUCAAAGAUGAAUCCAGGUUCACAAAUAGACAUUAUUCCUCAGUAGGACUUUUCAUUCACAAAAGACUUUAUCUCCUCAGGAGGGUUUUUCACCUGCCUGGUCAUCUCAGCUCAUUCCCACCAUGGAAAACUGCUUUUGGUCUCUUAAGUAGUCUGGUUGGGGAGAGGGUAUUACCGGUGGUUUCUCAGAGGAAAGAGGAAGCCCCAGAAUAGCUUUCCUUGAAGACAACAGAAACCAGCUUACAGAUAUGUGGCCCAUAGGUAAUACUAUGAUUUUGUGUAUAUUUAUGUACCCACUGACAAAGAAGUUGGUAAAAUGGCAAAAGUAUUUAAGAAAGAAACUAUAAAUUUGAGAUAAAGAACAAAAGUGGCUGAGUGAAAAAUAUAAUUAAAGUGCUUCCUAAAAUCAGGUGAAUGCUUUUUAAAUGAUGAUGCCAACAAAGAGUGUUAGCACCUAAUUCUUAAUACAGCCUCUUAAUGGGAUAGAAUGAAAUCACUGGAAAUGUAUCAGUAGUACAGAUUAAGAAGCUGAGACAUGAGGUGGUAGAUAGCAAACUCCUCAGGAGGUCUGAACUCUGGAUUAGACAUUUCAGAAUAUGCGACUUACUCAUAUUGGCUUGCUUUAUAGCAGUGAACUUAUCUGUGUGAUUGAGAUGCCAGAUCUAAUGACCUGAAGAUGAAACUGGUCUAUUUAAAAGCAGUUACUAUUCAACUGCAAUCUGUGUAUGUAAAUUAAUUGUUGUGUUAAAUUCAUUUUAGAGGGUGCUAUGAUGACCUUAGUGGGAAGAAGAGAGUAAAUUCUGUAACGCGGAUGAAAUCAUUAAAACUCUGAUCUGAAGAUUUGACUAUUGAAUGGUUCUUUUAUUUACAGAUACUUACCUUCCUGUAAAAUAGCAGCUGGAGAGUUUACCUGAAAGAAAAUAAAAUUUUACACUUUGCUGGGAAAA